AGCUAUCAUUUUAGGGCAACCCUUCGUUUCACAGAUGAGGGAGCUGAAGACUAGAGAAGGCAGGGCUCUGUGCCCAGUCACACAGAGCUAGUUCCUGCGCUGGGACCAGCCCCCAGGUCUGCCAGCUCCCAGCCCACUGCACCGCGUCAAAUACUGCUUCAGAACUAUGCCUGCUGUCUGCCCGGCUCCACCGGAAGCAGAAUAGGCUUCCCACAAGUUCAAGAGGCCCUUUCUGACCAGACUCAAAGUUCCCCGAUGCCUGUUUAGCCCAGCUUCCCAUUGGCUGGUAGUAGGAUCCACCCCUUUAGGGUUACUCCCCCUGCCCUGCAGCUCUAUGAGUGGAUGUUCCCUGAGAGGCCAGGGGUCACCACAGCAGCAUGGCUGAAUCGAGCAAGCCCAUCCUGUAUUCCUAUUUCCGAAGCUCCUGCUCAUGGAGAGUUCGAAUCGCUCUGGCCUUGAAAAACAUCGACUAUGAGACAGUAGCCGUCAACCUCACAAAGGAUGGGGGCCAGCAGUUCUCUGAAGAAUUUCAGGCCCUGAAUCCCAUGAAGCAGGUGCCAGCCCUGAAGAUUGAUGGAAUCACCAUCAGCCAGUCCCUGGCCAUCAUCGAGUAUCUGGAGGAGACCCGGCCCACACCGCGACUCCUGCCUCAGGACCCGAAGAAGAGGGCCCAGGUGCGCAUGGUGUCCGACCUCAUCGCCAGCGGCAUCCAGCCCCUGCAGAACCUGUCUGUCCUGAAGCAGGUGGGACAGGAGAACCAGCUGACCUGGGCCCAGCAGGCCAUCACUUCUGGCUUUAAUGCUCUGGAGCAGACUCUGCAGAGCACGGCGGGGAGGUUCUGUGUGGGGGACGAGGUGUCCAUGGCUGACCUGUGCUUAGCGCCUCAGGUGGCAAAUGCUGACAGGUGCCUUCAGGAGCCCAAAUAAUCCAAAGUGAUUGCCAGCACUGCUGAGGUUACCAGGUCCUCCCACCCCUCCCUCCUCCCAGCCUCGUUUCCAGGCGACAGAGAAGCCCAACAGACUUCUGGGAAGUGCGGGCACCAGCCAGAACCCACGUCUAGGACAAGGCUCUGGACGCAGAGACAAGCUGAGCCCACGCCCCCAGUCUGAACGAUUCCACGGGGAACUUGCUAUAACAAGCCGGGCGGGCUGGGGUUCCUCCUAGAAACUAGCUGGGGGCUGUCCUGCUCCAACUGCUAAUGUACCCACCUCCUUCCACUCAGUCCACCAGCGUGUGGUGAGCCCUCCCACCCCACAGGCUGGGGGUUGGGGGCCACCCUGCUCCAGCUGCUAAUGGACCCCCCUCCUUCCACUCAGUCCACCAGCGUGCAGUGAGCCUUCCCACCCCAUGGGCUGGGGGUUGGGGGCCACCCUGCUCCAGCUGCUAAUGGACCCCCCUCCUUCCACUCAGUCUGCCAGUGUGCGGUGAGCCCUCCCACCCCACGGGCUGGGGGCUGAUGGCCGUUCUGCUCCAGCUGCUAGUGGACCCCCCUCUUUCCACUCAAUCCGCCAGCAUGCGGUGAGCCUUCCCACCCCAUGGGCUGGGGGCUGUGGCUCUGUGAUUGGAUAAGGCAGCUGCAGCCCCUGCUCUUGCUGAGCUUAUGCCUCCCCACUGACUUCUGGACAUUGACCUGACCAGCUCUCAUUCCACCGCCUAAACAUCAUGCCUGUCUGCUUAUAUGUCUGAUCUGAGAUAAUGUCCAAAAGCUGAUGUAUUUCAACUCAUGUCUCCUCCUGGAUGGGUAGCACAAUAUUAACCUGUCUGCGACUUCCCUGGAGGUCCGGAGGUUAGGACUCUGUGCUGCCAAUUCAAGGGGAAGAGUUCAAUCCCUGGUCAGGAAACUGA